AUGGAAGGUAACAAAGUGCAUCCAUCGAGACAGCCAGACAUAAUAACUGCCAAAGUUAUCUAUUGGUUGGUAAUGGUGACCAUAAAACUGAAAAGGCCUAAUCCACCCAAGGAAACAGCUGAGGAUUCAACGAAUAAAGAACCUAAAUUGAAAAAGAUUCGCAUAAAGACGAAGAAUAAAGACAAUGAACAGAUACCUAAGAAGCCUAAAUUAAAGAUAAGUCUGAAAAAGAGAAAGGUGACGGAUCCCCUUAUGGACAAGCCAGUAGGGGGGCCGUUGAAAUUGAAGCUACACAGAAAACCAUCAGCAUCACCUAUAGUUGAAAAGAAAGUGCAUAAAGCCCCUCGACUCAGGUUAAAACCUAUACGGAUUCCAGGAGAAGGAUAUGAUUCUGAGGCAUCAGAUAUUGAAGAUGAUCCACUGAUUGAAAGUGGGAUCAUUUUAAGGGUCCUACCAGAUAUUCAAGUUGAAUUCGUAAAGAAUAGCAUUGAGUCUGGUGACUACUCUGGGCUUACUGUUAAGUGGUUGGGUCAUCGUCAUGCUGUGGUGAAUAUAAAUGGUAAUAUGUAUGGCGCUAUAUUGGUGGAUCUACCGACUGUGAUAGAGGUGAAUAAAAGUGUUGAUAGGAAAAAUUUAUUGAAAACUUUUGAUGUCAGCCAAAUGCUGAUAUGUAUCAAAACUAUUCAAAAGGAGGAUGAGGUUUUUACGUUGAAAGCACCAAACUCAGAAGAUUUGGUGACAAAACAUUAUUCAGAUAUCGAGGAAGAAAUUCUUGGUAAUAAGAAAGUACUCAUGAAAGAACAAAAUACCGAUCUCUUGUCUGAGCUCGAAAAACAGUAUUUAGAUGAAAUUGCAACUAAAGGCUAUGAUUAUAAACACGGUUUAAGCCCGCCGUUGUAUAAUGUGAGAAAUAGACGAUUUAGAAGAAAAAUGGGACCCUCAGAAUUUGAAUAUGCGGAAGAAGUGGUAGAAACACUGUUACGGCAAGAUGAAAAGGCAGAAAAUGUAACAUACGAAUUAGUUGACGAAAGCGAAAUGCUGGGAAGAUCCAAUUCAACACCUAUAAUAUCAGAAGAUUAUUUCAAAGAUGCCGAUGUUCAAGAACCAAGUGCUGCGAUAGAGUCAACAGUACCAAUUUUACCAAUAGACGAGAAUAUUAGAAAAGAAGCAAAGAUCCAGACAAAUGUCAAUUUGGAAGAUGAAGAUGAAGAUUUAGACCUUGCCGCAGUAUUUGGAAGUGAUAGUGACAAAGAGGAAUUUAACAAUAACACCGACCUUACCUCCGGACAGACGCCUACAGUGGAUAAUCAACGAUUUGAAACUGUUGAGCAAGAGUCGGGGAGUGAAGGUAAUGAAGAAGAGGAAGAAGAAGAGGAAGAUGAUGAUGAAGAAGAUGAGGAAGAAGAAGAUGAUGAGGAAGAAGAAGAAGGUGAGACAGGUGAACUAGUUGCUAAGGAAGAUAGACAACAUGUAGAAUUAUUAGCAGAUGAACUCAGCGAAUUGGAAACGACAUUGACACACACGAGAAAUAAAUUGCAAAAAGUAACGAACCCAUUAUUAAGAUCAAGAUUUAUUGAUAACAUCAAAAAACUUGAGAAGGAGGUCGAGCUGAAGAGGAGACAAUUCAAAAUACGUGAAGAUCAACUAAACAACGUAAAUCCUCAUGAUUCAAAUGACUUACAUAAGUCACCUAGUACCAAAACGUCCGCCCUCGAUAUGGAUGAUGAAGAAGAAGAAGAGGAUGAUAUGGAGGAUGAGGAAGAGGAGGAUGAUGAAGAUGAAGAGGAAGAGGAAGAGGAAGAAGAGGAAAGGAAUAUAGAAGCUGAUGAGAUUGUCCCUGAGCAGAGUAAUUCAAAUACGGAAGCCAUUAGCAUGACGAACACUGAUGGAAUCACAAAUCUUCAGGAGAAUCUGGAUCAGAAUGAUCUGGACAUGAUGAUGUUAUUUGGUGCUGAGGGUGAUGAAUAG